GACGACGACGACGGAGAGGGCAGCGCGCACGCGGAGCUGAGGCGGCAGCGGAGCCAGGCAAGGCCGGGAAAAGUGGCGCCUGGGAGUGAAGGGGAGAAAUUCCGGCGGGGCAGGCCUCGCCUCAAACCCCGCUUUCCCGGCGCUGCGAGUCUUCCUCUUCCUUUUUCUUUAAAGAAGUCCAACCAGGACCCAGACUGUGAGCAACGACUGACUGGCAAGCCAACCCCCGAGCCUCCCUCCAGUUGCCAAAAUGGCAAGGGGUGGGAAAUGAACAGCGCGAAACCUUGAAACGCCUCAGUUUCACGUCCUUGCCUUUUGGUUGCUUUCUGUGCCCGCCGCAGAAAAGGUUAUUUCGGGAAGGAAACUGCAGGUCAUUUCGACAUAUGAGAUAUAAAUGAGGCUUUUAUUCAAAGAAGUAGUGGAGUCUUCAUAGUAGAAGAUCUCACAGUGAAGACUGGACUGGCUUGGAAAACAAUCUACUUCCUUUGGAGUGUCUUUGCGCUUCAUGCCUGGCAUAUAAACUGUAAUUUUACCUGCUUUACAGGAAAAUGGAAUUUCAGUUCAACUUCUCUAUUGACAGUGCAGCAGAAAACAGAAUAGAGGCAGAUGGGAAUGGAAUGCAGGGAUUGGUACAGGAGUCUUUAGUCUUUUUGGACAAGCAAGAGAACACUACAGGAAAGAGUAAAGAGGUUUCCUCAGAAGAAACAAUAUUAAACCAGGAACAUUUAUCAGAAAUCUCUUCUAAUGUGGCAGACAACAGAAUUUUGAGUAAAAGCAACAUUAUGCCUAAAGAAGGCUUGUGCCUUAAAUGUGCCAAAGAGCAUAAUCUCCCUGAAGAUUUCCAGAAAUUGUUUAAAAACAAAGUCUUGGGGACCCUCCCCCCAGAUACACGUUGUGUAAAUAUUUCUAUGGUGGAGACAGCACCCUCUGAAAAUGCUGUUGGGGAAGACAUUGUGUCACAAAGUGUUUCUUCUCAUUCUGACCUAAUCUCGGGUGUCUAUGAAGGAGGUCUGAAGAUCUGGGAGUGCACCUUUGAUCUCAUGGAUUAUUUGUCAGAAGCUGAAAUUCAGUUUGCACACAAGUUAGUUUUGGACCUUGGCUGUGGGGCCGGGUUGCUGGGAAUAGUUGCAUUAAAAAGAAAUGCUGAACAGGUCCAUUUUCAGGACUAUAACAGCACUGUGAUUGAAGAACUAACCAUGCCUAAUGUAUUGGUCAACUGUGGUAAUCAGGGUGAUGAUGUUGAAAAUACUGAGCUUUCUCUAAAACAAUGUCCAAAUACCCAAGACUUGUUUUCUAAAUGCAAAUUCUUUUCAGGGGAAUGGUCAGAGUUUAGUAAUCUUCUAUUAAAUGGCAGUAAGCCUUUAGCAAAAUAUGAUCUCAUACUCACCUCUGAGACUAUUUAUAAUCCAGAUUACUAUGAGGCUUUGCAUGAAACACUUUUAAAAUUACUGAGAAUAAAUGGGUGUGUUUAUUUAGCCAGCAAAGCACAUUACUUUGGAUGUGGAGGUGGGGUCCACCUUUUUACAAAAUUCAUUGAGAAGAAAAAUGUAUUUAAGUCUAGAAUUGUUAAAGUUAUUGACAAAGGGCUAAAGCGUUUCGUUAUUGAGCUGGUCUUUAAGAAAUCCUGUUAAGGUGCUCAGUGUGUUAGUACUGUAAAUGCUUUUUUAUUGUUUUGCUUUCAUGCAGCUCUUAAGUAAAUUGAUAGCACAUUUUUCUUAAUUCAUGGUUGUGAAUUUGUCCCCUGAUUCUAUUGCUUCUGCAUCUACAGAGUCUUUGCUAGAAAUUAUAUUCUUUUUUUGAAAAAAAGUUUUCAAAUAGUUUGUUCUGAAUACACAAUGCUAAGUCUUAUCUACAGAGAGAAAGAUUAUUCACAAGUAGAAAACAUUCAAAGCAGUCGCCAGUCUUCGGAGGAGUGGAUGUCUCAGCAAAUUCACCCCAAAAUCAGACACUGCAAUGCUCAGAGAAAUUACAAGAAACCCAAGAGUUAUAUCUCAGGCUGUACAGGCCUCGGCGUGUUAAAUUUUAAAACAAAAGUUUAAAAACUUCCAGUAGCACCUUAGAGUAGCAACUAAGUUUGUCAUUGGUAUGAGCUUUCGUGUGCAUAUACACACUUAUUCAGGUAUCUGAAGAAGUGUGCAUGCACACAAAAGCUCAUACCAAUGACAAACUUGGUUGGCCUCUAAGGUGCUACUGGAAGGAAUUUUUUUAUUUUGUUUCGAGUAUGGCUUGUCUGGAAGGACUGUCGGGAGAAAGCCUCCUCUAAAAAUAACAUGGCAACACUGCUUUGGUUUGCAAAGUUGCAUCUGAGCAAAUGGCAAGACUUCUGGAACAAUGUCCUUUGGACAGACGAGAACUCGGCCAUAACGCACAGCGCCACAUUUGGCAAAAACCAAGCAGCAUAUCAGCACAAACGCCUCAUGCCAACUGUCAAGCACGGUGGUGAAGGGGUGGUGAUUGUGGCUUGUUCAUAGCUGCCAAGUCUCCCGUAUUCCCCGGGAAACCCCCGUUUUUCCCGCUGUUCCCAGCCGAAAAAACUGAUUUUUUUUGUUUCCCCCGGUUUAUUCUGGUGCGGCGGCCAUUUUGGAACUGG